AUGAAUUUUUUCAAGAAAGUGUUUUUUGGCAGUGGAACCACUGGGGAAGAAUCUAAAGCUUCUAUUAAUGAUAGCUAUGCUCCAAACGAUCUUACUAAAAUAUUCAAAAUGGAGGACUUUGAGUUAAUACUUGGAGUUUCACUUCAGGAGAUUUAAUUCUGUCAGUUCAAAAGAGUUGAAAGAGGCGGCCAAGUUAAAGAGACAUUAUUCCUUAAUGCAAACUUGGAUAUGAAGUCGACUGAAAUCUUGAUAGAAUAAAAAAAGCAUACACUCAUUGUCCUUCAGAUCAAUAAUGAAGAUUAUGAUUCUUCUCAAGAGUAAGAACCAUUCAAGAAUCUUCCAAUCACUCAAGAUCUUUCAAUUGUUCAAUACAAUGGCUUCAGUGAUGACGAUGAAGAUUAAGUUAUCGGCUUUGUUUUCAUAUACUAAGAUUAGAAUCUAGCUUUCUCAAUUGAGACUAUUUUAGACUCAAAAGAUAAAUAGAGAGCUCAAGCUUAGAAAGAUUCCUUCGAGCAAUUCAGAUUUGUAGUCUGUUAAAUUCUAUUAGCUCUUAAUGAAGGCAAACACUUUUCAAAGGUAGCUAAAAAGGAGUUUUUGAAGUAUUCUUAAGAUAGCAGCCUAGACUUCAUUAUGAAGUAGAAUGACUUGCUAGCAGUAUUUGGACCAGAUUAUGCUAAGAAGACUUAAGCACUCAAAGCAAGAGGUGCUAGAAAACCAAGAAAGCAGUAUAACAAAACUGAGGUUUAGGAACUAAUUAAAAAAAUGAGUCAACUAGAUAUCAUGAAGGAUGAAAUCAAGGAGAUGAACUAGAUCUAAAUCAAUAUAAUCUAGAGACUUAUCCAAGUACAAGGUGACUUGCUUGAAUAUAGUCCUUUCAUUGAAGAAAAUUUUGAAAGAGUCAAAAAUGUCUUCCUGUGUAUUGAUUAGACUGACAAAUUUGAGUACAUAAUAAACAUUAUUGACUUAGCUGGAAAGACAUCCUACACUAGAAAAACUAUUGUAAAUAGUGCUGAUGUUUAGGUAUCAAGCUAGGAUCAGGCGUUUAUGUUUACUGGUAAUCAAAGAAAAGGCUCAAAAUUUACUCCAGGAUAUGUCUUCUAAGUCUAUAGUAAACAAGAUCUCCAAAACCUUAAAGGGGUUCUUACUAAGUGUUUAUUUGAAGUCAGACAUCAAAAAGACUUUGACAAAGAAAUUGAGGGAGAUGAUAAUCAAUUUUUAUAAAACUAACUUGAAAGUGAUACUGCUGGAGGAAAAGAUGUUAACAUGAAAGAGAUUGAUGAGGAACUUGAUGAUUACGAAUUCCAAGAUGCAUUGAACACAGCUGCAAAGCUAGGCAGCUAGCCAGAAUAUGAUGAUGACUUUUAAAAGCUUCUCGAAUUGGUUGAUUACUCAUGUAUUCAAGGGUCAGACUUUGGUGAUUAUGAGGAGGAGAAGAAGGAAGAUUAUCGUAAAAAUGAUGAUUAUUAUGACUAUGAUAACUAUAGAGCUUAAAAUGAUGAUGACUACAGAACUUAAAAUGAUGAUAGUAGGGAAAUAAGCCAGCCUAGUACUAGCAACAAUUAAGACUAGAUAUAUGGGGAUAAUAGAGAACUUAUAUAAGCUUAGAGUUAUGAUAGAACAUUUAUCCUUAAUGGACCUGUUGUGAAAGUAUAUCAAAACGCUGAGGACAGCGGAAUUGGUAAUCAUUAUGAUCACCAAAGAUUAAAUCAUUGCUUAGAUUUGCCAGUUAUUAAAGAUUCUCAAGGUAAUUCAAUAAAUCCAAGCAAUUUAAUGCUACACAACAGUGAAAGUCAACUGGUCUUUAGAAAUGAAAACGAAAAAUCUUAGGUAUUUAUGUUUGACCUUGAAUCUGGAAAGGUAGUCUAGUAACUUAAAACAGGAUCUGAUUUUAUUGAAUUUGAUAGAUUAGUAAAUGAAACUAAGAAUGGCUAAAAAGAUCCAGACUAAUGUUUAAUUGCUAUGAAUCAACAAGGAGUUUACAAAUUAGACCCGAGAAUUGCUAAGAAUAAUGUGGCUGAUUCCAAAAUUUACAAAACCUAGACUUUCUUUUAAAGUAUUUGCUCAAAUACUAAUGGAGGAUUUGCUCUUGGAAGCACUGAUGGUUCAAUUAGAAUGUAUAAAUAAAUGGGCUAAAAUGCUAAGACCCUGCUACCAGGAUUGGGAGAACCAGUAAUUGCAAUUGAUGUCUCUUAGGAUGAAUAAUGGAUCUUAGCUACUUGCCAAACUUAUCUCUUAAUUAUCCCUACUAAACUAUAGGAUGGUACUACUGGCUUUAGCAAAAGUAUGGGUAAAGAUAAACCAAUGCCUUUAAAACUUACUCUUAAGCAUUAAGAUAUUGUUAAGUACUAACUCUAACCAAUGAGCUUUACUCCAGCUAGAUUUAACAAUGGAGACAAUAUCGUUGAGGACAGUAUUGUAACAUCUGUGAGAGACUUACUUAUCACAUGGAACUUUGAGAAGGUAAAGAGAGGAGUUCUCAGAAGCUAUAAGAUUCAAAAGUUGCCUUCAAAGGCAGUAGAUGGACAAUUCCAAUAUAAUAAUCAAGAGAGAAUGCUUGUUACUCUCCCCAAUAAUGUUAAGAUUGAAACAAGAAAGAAGGUCCAUAGAAAUUGA